UGAUGUUGAGAUUCGUAUUAAAGACACUGUAAAAAGGUUCACUGAGAACUAGAGUAACGAUGGAUUCACAGUCGCUGUACCUGAAUACUCUGAAUGAAGAGCAAAAAGCCGCCCUGCAGACUUCCUUGGUGAUUCUGCAGAAAAACUACAAGUUCCAGCGAGUCAUGCUCUGGGGCAAAGUGCUGGGGUCGAAGGCGGAUUAUUUUAUUGCUCAGGGGAGAGGAGAGGAUGAGAUGAAGGAUAGGAAGAAUCUGUAUAGUUUGGACUGUGUGGACUGGUUCCUGCUGCCCCCUGCCACAGGCCCUUUAAUCGACCAAGUGUCCGGCGCUGCCAAGGGUCGCUUCACAGGAGACCCCUCACAUAUGUACGAGCAUCGGGUCACCAGCAGGCUAGGAGAAGGAGAUGAAGAAGAGGAGGUAGUGACCAAAGUGAAUGAGGAGAGCAGGCUGGCAGUGACAAUUCAUCACAUCGAAGAGGAAGUGUCUGUGGUACCACGAGGUGCAUUCGUCAAGAGUCCGCACGGCCUUGUCCAGAUCAACCGCAGCUUUGGCGGUCUGUCUCACUCUGAGGCAGGAAAGCUCGACAGUUUCCUGCACUUCAGCGAACCAAAGAAUCUGAAGAAGAAAAGCAUCCUAGAGACGAGUCAACUCAACCCAGCUAUUGACUUCCUGGAUGUGCUGAGUGAUGACAUUCCUAAAGGAUCAUGGAAUCUCCAGUUUGAAUGUGGCAGCAAAGUGUGCGUGCUUCGAAGCCUGUUGUGGCUCGGCCUGACCUUCUACCACGUGCCAAUGACGCCACAGCACGGAUACAUCUACAUCGGUGAUGGGGCCAAGAAUUUGGACUUCCCCUUCUUUACACCCCACCAAGCCGGUACUAGUCCAGCCUCCGAACCCACCACCCCCGCUCCCCACCACCACCCCUACUCCCCUCCACAUCGAACUCGACACCAAGCAGACAUACUCUCAACCUACAGCAAAUCCUCAAGGAUACAGCUGUUCCACACUGCUCACCGCAUGCCUUACAUGCAGCAGUACGGAGUAACGUAG